AAGUUCCACUGUUUACCAAUGAUGGCAGUUGCAUUGUGGGAGACAGAUGAUUGACACGGCCGCCAUUUUGCUCCUGCUCGCUCCGCUUCCAUUGUGUGAGUGAUAGUAAAUAUCUGACACUGCCAGACAACCACAACUCACUUGUAUCCUCGCGGAGAAAAAGCGCCUAAUUCACCCUUGGUGACUCUUCAUCGUAAUGGCUCGUACCAAGCAGACUGCCCGUAAGUCCACUGGAGGAAAGGCUCCUCGUAAGCAGCUGGCCACCAAGGCUGCUCGCAAGAGUGCCCCCUCUACUGGAGGCGUCAAGAAGCCCCAUCGCUACAGGCCUGGCACCGUGGCUUUGCGAGAGAUCCGUCGGUACCAGAAGUCCACUGAGCUGCUGAUCCGUAAGCUGCCCUUCCAGCGCCUGGUGAGGGAGAUUGCUCAGGACUUCAAGACCGACCUGCGCUUCCAGAGCGCCGCCAUUGGAGCCCUGCAGGAGGCCAGUGAGGCGUACCUGGUGGGUCUAUUCGAGGACACCAACCUGUGUGCCAUCCAUGCCAAGCGUGUCACCAUCAUGCCCAAAGACAUCCAGCUGGCACGCCGCAUCCGCGGAGAGCGCGCUUAGACGGCCUCCCCAUGUUUCACCUCUGUCCUGUUUUUCUU